GUGAACUACCAUGCUGCCUGUUACCACCUGACCCCGUUCAGAGCCGUCUGUGUCAUGUACUCCAUCAGCAAGGCUCAGGGAGUGAAAGCUCUGUGGAAGGGGAUGGGCAGCACCUUCAUUGUUCAUGGGAUCACACUCGGAGCUGAAGGCAUCAUCAGCGAGUUGACACCGUUACCACGGGAACUACCCCACAGCUGGAGCUGGAAACACCUGGCAGGACAUUUACUGCUGAGAGGGUGGGUCUGUCUACUUCCUGGGUUUCUGACCUGGUCUUAUCUGUGUCCCCAGAGUGAGAUCGUGAGGGACGAGUCGUCCUCAGGCUUGCUGGACUGUAUCCGUGAGGGUCUGACCCGGCUACUGGGGGUUGGCGCUCCCCACAGCCGCCGCCUGCUUCCUCUUAGCUGCCUGCUCCUUCCUGCUGCUCUGCACGCCAUUCUGCGUUACGCCAUCUCCACCUCCGUCCAGCAGGUGGCGCUGUGGGCGCACCAGCGGGGAAAGAAGCGACACUCGGACCCCUCCAACCCACUGGAUGCCCACUUCCCUGAGCUGGCUGCCAGGUGGGCGGGGUCUUUGGUGGCAGACGUGGUGCUGUUUCCUCUGGAGACGGUGCUGCACCGCCUCAGCAUCCAGGGGACUCGCACCAUCGUUGAUGCCACAGACGGCGUGGUGGCCGCAGGAAACGGCGGCAGCCCGCUGGUUCUGCCCGUCAACACGCAGUACGACGGCUUCUACGACUGUCUGCACUCCAUCCGCCGAAAAGAGGGCGGGGCCGGCUUCUACCGCGGCUUCGGAGUUCUGCUGAUGCAGUACACUGUCCACGGGGCGCUGCUCGCCGCCGCCAGGACGCUGCUCAGGGUGCUGCUGCUGGACGCCAAGGUCGCUUAAAGUCUUCCUGUGGAGGCCAGGCCGAGGACGGCUGCUGCACUGACGACUGACUCACCUGAGAGCAGGACUGACUGUUUUUACCUGUCAUUGGUCAGAUGUGUCAACAAACACAUGCCAACAAACGUGUCAAUAAAACAUGUAAACAACAGGUUUUGUGUAUAAAAAUGUAAAAAUAAAAGUAGUUUGUGAAACAGUGGAUGUAGAAUAAAUUAUGUGACUCAUUAAUUAAACAGAAACAAACUUAAUGAAGUUUUUCCUGACAAAUGAUUUGAAAUAAAUAACUUAUCAACA